AAGUCUUUCAAACUUACAGAUUACUAUGAUUAAGCACAAAAUAGUCCUCAUCAAAUGUGUAAAUUAAUUUAAAAGAAAUUAUUUAGUUUAAUUAUCAUUUGAUAAAUUAUGUUAUUAUUAUUUUUCCUUUUUGACAGAACACAUACUUAUUAUUUAUACUAAAAAUUCAAAAAUCAAGAUAACAAUUAUUACUCCUAACUAAGAGGUAGAGUCUGAUAUCCAAUGGCGGAAUAGUAAAAACUCAUAUUCUAUAGCAAAGAGUCGAAAGGAUGGAGAUGGAAGAGGCUGAAAGAAUCCAACAAAUUAGUAACUUAUGGAUAUUUGGUUUUAACAUUAGAAAGUGAAACUUUGAAUGAAGGUGGGAAGAAGGUGAUUCAGUAGGGCUUGCGUUUGGUUCGUGUCAAUUUGUUGAUGGUUGGUAUGCAAGAAAAUAGGCGGUGGUGAUAGCUGAGAAGAAACAAAAUGAAUCUACAAUUACUAUAUAAACCUUUGUGAAAUAGCUAAAAGAGAGGUGUGAGGUGUGAAUAUAAGAUAUACAAGAUUCUAUUUUCGUGUGAAGUCUGUGACAAGUGUGGAUUAGGAUCUUUUCCUUCUGGAAAUGGAAACAACCAAAAAGUUGUGGCACUAAUAAGAACAAAUGCUUAGGCCUUCUCUUGGACUUGGAAACUCUUCUCCUUCCCCAAGCUCUUUAGCCUGGACCUUUAGAUGCAGGUGUUGUUUCUGAUUUAAAAGAGGAUUGAUUUGUCACUUGUCGAUAAAGAUUCUCAGAGUUCUGCCAGUGAACGAAAAAUAGAGAUGAAUGCAGAAGUUCAUAAAGAAAAUUGUCCAAGGGACAUUGAGAAGCCAGAUGGGAAUGAUGCUUCUGAAGUUGUUCCUCUUGGAUUAGGACUUGGAGGUUUGGAACGCAAGAGACGUGUCCGCACUCAGCCACAAAAACCACUGGCCCAAAGUGUAGACAGUGUGACAACUAGUACUUCUGCUAAUCAAAGUCAGCAAACGAGAACCAACCAACAGGUUUCAGGACAUCCUUCCUCUGUGGUUCAGUUGGCCAGAAAUGGUGAACCUUUGGGGGGGCUAGGUUCUGCCAGCCAAGAUGAUCUUGCUGCUGUUAUGUCUCAGGUUCUGCAAAGUCCUGCUCUAAAUGGUAUGCUGUCCGGCGUUUCUGAGCAAACUAGUGUGGCAUCCCCAGAUGCCUUGAGGAAUAUGUUGCAGCAGUUCACGCAAAGCCCACUAAUGAGAAAUGUAGUAAAUCAAAUUGCUCAACAGGUUGACGGUCAGGAUGUUGGAAACAUGUUUAUGGGACUGGGAGGCCAAGGUGGCGGAUUUGAUUUUCCAAGAAUGUUUCAACAGAUGAUGCCCAUUGUGUCUCGAGCCCUUGGAAGUACAGGGCUCCAAGCAUUGCCACAGUACAAUCAACGGAAUUUAAGUGGAUACGAGAACAAUGACCAGGCUUUACAGGGUGACCUUCAAUCUGUGACUCAAAAGAUUGAAAACAUGAGUGAACCGGAAGACAUCUUUCAGUCACUAGUUGAAUAUUCACUUAGGUUAUCUGGAAUUGUAAAUGGCCCUGAAGAACUUGUUGAUGAGUUGUGCAGCAACAAAAGCCUUGUUAAAGAAUAUCUAGAGUUAUUACGAGACGAAAUAGGCCAACGGUUUCAGAGUGAUUUGUAGGAGAACAAGUGCUAGCGUUUAUUUGGCUUGAAGGAUUUGAGUUGGAUUUGCCUAUUUGGAUAUUGCUUUGUGGGAUAGCUCGAAAUCUGUUUUACGAGUAGAUGUCCGAAUUGAAGGAUUUAAAAAGAUUUUUACUUUUUUGUACAAAAUAAGGAUUAGGGCUUGAUGUGCUCUAAGUUAUUUUUUUUUUUUGAAAUGUGCUCUAAGUUAUUUAAGUUCAUGAAUAAUAAUGCAAUAAAAACAGAUGCAAUUGAGAUCAUGCAAGGCACAAUUAUCAAACUUUACGUUCCAAACCUUUUCGAUACUAAAAGGUUAAUACAACCAAUUUCAUAGUGUCUAAUCUGUACUCGAGACUUAACAGAAAUCAAUCUAAAUACAAUCGAGAGCUAUUUUGAUCUUUCA